AAAGCUCCUCCCUCAGCAGUUGCCAGGUGACGGUCCUUGUAUCCAGACACCCCACGUAGAAACGGACUUCUAUUUGUGACUCUUGAUGCUCUGCAGUGAUUCUAAGGCCUUUCGAGAAGACUUCACGGGAGGAAUAUCGCAUUCGAAAAGAUAAUGACGGAAUGAUGUACAAGAUGCGUUUCCUAAGUGCGCUGUACAUGUGGGUCCUCAUUGUGAUCUGCGGUGAGAGAGCAGUGGGACGAAAGUUGCUAGAUGACAUUGUCAAUUGCACAAGAGAGACUGCCACGUCGCCUGCCGUUGUUGACAUAAGUGGAUUAUUUGACUAUGUUCUUUUCAACAUAACAAACGAGUUUGAGUUCAUACAAGUGUCUAUGGAAAUCACCCCAUGUCCCCGAGAAAAAGAAAUCAUAGGGAUGCAUAACCUUACUCGUGAGACGUUCGAUGGAUUGACUUUUCCUCGGUUGGUGCUAAUGGCAUUAGAAUAUGCCGAGGAAGAGGAAAGGCAUGGCUACAAACUCAAGGUGAAUAAGGUGAACUUUUCCGAAUACAUCGCCACAACCGUGACGUGCGGAGAAUUCUUGGGCUACCAAGUGAAGGCUGUGGGCGCUUCUGCUUGCGUCUUGUGGGAACUCGGAAAUCCUCCCACGAUGCACAGUUCCACGAAAAGAACAAAUGCGAAAGGACAUACUACCAUGAGCCGAUUAGACGAACUCCACCAUCGAGCGACAGCUGCUUACGUCGUGGUCCUCUGCUUCACCCUGACGACCUUCUUCGUCUUGCAGCUGGUGAAAAAGUGUAGCGGGAGGAGCGAGCAAGGAGCUGCUGAAAGAGUACCCACCGAAGAAGGACCAUGAACCUCUGCAACAGAAGAACAACAGGAAGUACUGACACUACAGUGAAGUGUUCCAGAGAUGAUGCUGUUUUCUAAAUAAAUGGAUCUGAAAAUUAUAAUAAAAUAUGAGUAAAGGAUAAA